UACUACUUUUACAGAAAGGCUAACCUGCUAGCAAACAACAACAGAAGAUCCCGGACUACUAUCGUUGUAAUUAAACCCAACACAAAGGGGGCAAACUGCUUCCAUCUGGCGAGAGCUGAUGCAGAUGGACGUCAGAACUGAGCAUUGACGAGUGGAAGCGACAGAUUCCUCCGCAUUCUCACCCUCUUGCCCCCAACACCUUCUGUCACGCUGGCAAUGUCAAGAGUCCCGAGUCCCCCUCCCCCUGCGGAAAUGUCCAGCGGGCCUGUGGCCGAGAGCUGGUGUUACACUCAGAUUAAAGUGGUGAAGUUCUCAUACAUGUGGACCAUCAACAACUUCAGCUUCUGUCGUGAGGAGAUGGGGGAGGUCAUCAAGAGCUCCACCUUCUCAUCUGGGGCCAAUGACAAGCUGAAAUGGUGUUUGCGUGUAAAUCCUAAGGGCCUGGAUGAGGAGAGCAAAGACUACCUGUCUCUCUACCUGCUGCUGGUCAGCUGUCCGAAGGCGGAGGUACGCGCUAAGUUCAAGUUCUCCAUCCUGAACGCCAAGGGAGAGGAGACUAAAGCCAUGGAGAGCCAGAGGGCGUAUCGCUUUGUCCAGGGGAAAGACUGGGGCUUUAAAAAGUUCAUCCGGAGAGACUUCCUCCUCGAUGAGACCAAUGGUCUCCUUCCCGACGACAAGCUUACACUGUUCUGCGAGGUGAGUGUGGUGCAGGACUCGGUCAACAUAUCUGGUCAGAACACCAUGAACAUGGUGAAGGUUCCUGACUGCCGGCUAGCAGACGAGCUGGGGGGUCUCUGGGAGAACUCGCGCUUCACAGACUGUUCCCUGUGUGUGGCCGGUCAGGAGUUUCAGGCCCAUAAAGCUAUCCUAGCAGCUCGGUCCCCUGUAUUCAGCGCCAUGUUCGAGCAUGAGAUGGAGGAGAGCAAAAAGAAUCGAGUGGAGAUCAACGACGUCGAGCCGGAGGUUUUCAAAGAAAUGAUGUGCUUCAUCUACACAGACAAGGCUCCAAACCUGGACAAGAUGGCAGACGACCUGCUGGCAGCAGCGGACAAGUACGCUCUGGAAAGACUGAAGGUAAUGUGCGAGGACGCGCUGUGCACCAGCCUGUCCGUGGAAAACGCAGCCGAGAUCCUGAUCCUGGCCGACCUGCACAGCGCUGACCAGCUCAAAACGCAGGCCGUCGACUUCAUCAACUAUCAUGCUGCAGAGGUGAUGGAGACAGCGGGCUGGAAAUCGAUGGUGGAUUCUCAUCCUCACCUGGUGGCUGAAGCUUACCGCUCACUGGCCUCAGCUCAGUGCCCCUUCCUCGGACCCCCACGCAAGCGCCUCAAACAAUCCUAACAGCCUCACAGGGAGGUGUUUACACUUCUGUGUACACACAACACAUGCAGACACACACAAAAACACACAUAUACGCCCCCCGUGGAACACAGGGACAUCUUUUCCCCUUUGCUGUUACCUACCACACUACCUACAGCCACCCCCAAAUACCCCCCUUCUGCCCCAUCAAACCUGCUGUAUUUGUCUCUUCUGAACAUGAAGGGAGGUGGAAGAGAAAGAAGGAGAUGGACAAGAGAGAGGGGGCAGGUAGGCUCGUGAAGUGGAUGUUUGUCGUUUACAAAAAAAAAAUCCUCCCUUUUUCUCCUCGGGUCGGGCUUAGUGAGGUCUGACAUUGAGCUCUUUCCCACGUGUGAAGUUAAAUCCUUCGACAUCCUGCGAGUACCUUCUUUGGGAUCCAUUCAGGAGGAAGAACUGGAUACAACAACUAUCCAAUCAGAGCCAUCUGUCUACAAAUAUGGAGGCUUAAAGCAUACAGGAAAGUCUUUAACAGGCUAUUUUAUCAGAAGGCUUCUCUUUGCUGCGUUGGAGAAGACCCCAAACUCAGAGACUCAUGGGACUAAAAAAAGAAGAAGCAGGCCUGUCAGUGACAAACUAGAAGCCCCCCUGAGAAAGACAACCAAGGGCUAGUAACACAAGGAGAUAUGGGACAAAAUCAUCAAAAUAGUUCUCCCACAGAAAGUUGGGAAACAUUGCACUAAAGUCACCCCUCUUCAACCUGUACCAGCAGUAAAGUAGAAAUACUGUAGGCAAGCACACAUGGACUAAAGACCCGGCAGGACCACCAAGAAUAAGAACCCUUUAACGAGAAUGAUCCGAAAGUGACAAAGACAACAUGUACUCCCAUAUCUAUGCUUCAUCUGCGUCCGUUUCCGUUUUUUCAAAUACCUUAGGGGGGUUAAAAGUGUAGAGGAUACAGAAAAUAGCAACGCACAACUGGAUGUCAUUCUUGGUGAAACUGUAUUUUGUCCGUGGAUCUGUCUUUGUAGCCCCUUGAGAGAAAAUAAAAUCCAAGGUGUCAACGGACAAACCAACCAGGAGAACACAGAGGGAAGCGUAAAGUCCAAAUAACAUUAGGAUUCAAUCAGGCAUAUUAAUGUUCUUUUAUGGUGGAUUUCUUAUUUGUUUUUGUUUUUUUCCCUCAGAAGUGUCAUUUCUAUUUUUUUCAUAGAAAUUUGUACAGAGACGAGUGUUUUUGAAGCCGUGUCAGUAAACAAAAGCAUUUUCAACGGUAAAAUUGAAAAAAAGCAAACGGAUGUUUUCUUUGCAGGCAUGAAGACUGAGGGGAAAUGAAAUUGAAAUGAACACGUUUUAAUGUUCAGAAAUGACCGAAUGUGAAUAAAAAAAUGCAAACCGAGGCAAAUCACAUGACAAACAUUUGAAGUUAUCAUUUUAAACCUGGUGGAAAAUGGUAAUGGAUAGAAGGAACCGUCGUCGUUUCUUUCCUGUAGAUAUCGCUGGUUAUGAGAAGUGACACUUAGUUGUUGCCAUUUUUUGUUCCCAAAAGAAUAAACCACAACUAUUUUGUAUUGAAUGCAA